UUUUUUUUUUUUUUUUUUACUAUCCUUUUCUAAAAUGAAUAGGCUUUCAUUUUUAUUAUUAUUAUUGGCUAUUUUAGCCUCUAAUGUCCAUGCAUACUUUUAUGUUCCCAAUUUUAUGAGUACUUUACCUUUUGCUGGUGGUAUGGCUACAGCAAAACGAAAUAACUCGAUGAUCCUUUUUGGUGGUGAAACAGAUUCUACUUCUUACGCAAAUACAUUAUAUCAAUUGACUCAAAACUCCACUGGUUACACUUGGACUACUUUACCUCAAGCUAAUGCUGCACAAGGUGUUGUUUACGCUCAAGCUAUUGUAUCUCGAGAUCAAUCAAAAUUUUUGGUUAUCGGUGGUCAAGGUAACUUUACAACUCAACCUUCAACAACAAACUCGACAACAAAUUCAACUUCUACUACCAACUCUACCACCUUACCUUUACAACUUCAACUCUACGAUUUUGCUUCUACAAAUUGGAAGACUUUUCCUACUCCUGCUGCUGGUACUCCUUUUCCCAAUAAUCGAAAACUUUUCAGUGCUACCUAUGAUACCAACGCCAACAAAGUUUAUAUAUAUGGUGGUUCAUCCAAUGAACAAACAAUUUAUAACGACUUGUGGGUGAUGGAUGCUCAAACUUUUACUUUUACUCAACUUGCUCCUUACUGGAGUCGUUAUGGACAUACUACUUCUCUUACAAGUACUGGUAAAUUAGUAGUUAUUGGUGGUAGUCUUAUUUCUGGUCAACAAGUCACUUUAGCUUCUAUGACUACUUUAUCUGUAUAUGAUACUACAUCCAACUCUUGGUCUCUUGUCAAUACUACUGGUGCUAGUCCUUCUGUUCGAACUGAUCACAGUGCUGUCAUCACCUCUGAUGACAAGAUUAUUAUUAUGGGUGGUGACAGUGGUGCUAUGCCUCGUUACAAGCAAUUCACUCGAUCUGUAGCUAUUUUGGAUACAAAGACUUGGACUUGGACUAUUCCUAAUAUGCAAGGCAUUCUUCCUUCUUCUCGAUCCUAUGCUAGUGCUGCUAUGCUUGAUGAUACUCAUGUUACUUUUGCUUUUGGUUCGGCUUUGAACGUACAAUAUAACGAUAUCAACGUUAUGGAUACUACCACCAAUUCUUGGCUUCAAUCAUUCAGCUCUACUAGCGAUAACAGUUCUUCUGGUCUUUCUACUGGUGUCAUUGUUGGUGUCACCAUCGCCUGUGUCGUUUUAUUGAUCAUCAUCUUGUUCCUCCUUUGGAAGUUCCAAGCUUACAUUCGUUUCGUUGUUACUCGUAUUCAUCACGAUAUCUGGAAACCAAGAUCUGGUGAACCUCUUUGGGCUGAAACAUGUCGCAUCAUCUUCCAAGUCUUCUUCAUCUUUAUCUUUACCAUGUUCUUGGUCUUCGUUAUUCGUCAAGCUAUCGAAAGUCCCAAUGUUAUUCAACGUAUCGAAACUGCUACUGCUCAAGUGGAAGUUCCCGAUGUUCGAUUCUGUUUCGAUGGAUACAAUGUCAAUGCUGCUAAUCCUAAUGAUCCCAACAAUCCUGCUGUCGCAUGUCAAACUGAUGUUGGAUACUCUUGUAACUCUUAUGUGCAACCUUUGAAUAUGUCUGUAUUCCAACCUGUUUUCACUGAUCACCUUGGUACCGUACAAUGUUAUCUUUUCCGACCUCCUAGCUACUUCCAAUUAGCUUCAACUUCUGGACAAAACAAUGGUUCUCGAUUGAUCUUUACUUUCUACGGUAAUCAAGCUAUUACAUCUGGUCGUGUUCACGUUUCUGUCUAUCCCAAGGCUAUGGAUCCUAACGCUGCUAUUUACGGUAUCAACGACGACACUGCUGUUCUUUUGGCUCAAGAUCAAGUUCUCUCUUGGCAAAACGAUGAACGUAACGAUGUCGCUGCUACCAACAUUUACACUAUCGAACCUUUCACCUACAGUGCCCUCUCUUACGAAAUUGCUGAUCAUCGCUACUUGCAAGAUGUCGGAUGGAAUUACGUCGGUUUCUUACCUAUCGCCAACAAUACUCCUGAAAUUAGUAGCAACUUCCGUCAAGAAGCACCAAACCCUCAAUAUACUGUCAAUCAUGCUGAUAUUGGUGUCAUUGCCAUCUCUCCCAACGCUUUCACCAAUAUCGUUGAUCGUGAAGUCAAAAUGUACACACUUCUCAAUGCCCUUGGUUUCGUUGGUGGUAUUUUCGGUCUUCUCAUUGCUGUACAAACUUGGUUAUUCGGUAUGAGACCUCGCAGUCCAUGGGGUUUGGUACAUCGAUGGUCUGUUGGUGACAUGAGACGCUCAUUGUUACGUGGUUUACAAAGCAAGUUUAAAACUUCUGACGAUGCUGGUAUUCCUCUUGUUCAUCCUGUGCAUAAACGAUUCAGUGUCAACGAUUUCAACAACUUGGGUUAUGAAUCAGAAACACAACGUAUUAGCCGUGUUGAAGAACGUAUGCAACUGAUGGAAUUGAUGUUCAAAGCUUAUUAUGUGGAUGAUGAAGUAUUCCGAUCCCUUGAUAGUGCCAAUAAAACUGCCCCUCCUGGAUAUGAACAAACUCGUGGUCCUCUCUUCCCAUCCAAUGAAAAGGUGGAUUUAGCUGCUACUACUGGUGCUCAACGACAUUAUCAAGGUCAACCUCAAUCACCAGCUGGUCAACAACCUGGAGGUCGAUUCUCUCAUAUGUUCAACCAUCGCAACAGUGUGAAUAGUGAUUCUACUUCUCAUCAUCAUUUGAAUGAAUCAUCUGACAAUGUCCAUUUACGUGAUAUUUGAUCAUCCCAUUAUUUUUUUUUAUUCUUCUUAUUAUUAUUAUUAUAUUCUUAUUAGUAUUCGUUUAGAAUUUGAUCUUUUAUUUCAUUUACUCUCCAUUCCCCUUUAUUUUAUUUUAUUUUUUUUUGACUCUCUUGUUACAAUUCUCUAUUCAAUAAAGAUCAAUCAAACUCAAACUCCAAGAAA